ACUAUUUCCCUGUGCCCACCUGUCUCCGCCACUUUCAACGUUUCAUGUAGUUGCCGUACGGGAACGGACCGGUGGCACUCGCGCUUGUGAGCUGAAAUUCGAGGUCGCCAAAUUUGUGAGUUGCAGUAUGAAGUUACGCGAGAAUGGGUGCGCACUCACUGAUCGUCGCUGAGGUAUAAAAGCUAUGGCAGGUCAAUGAGAUUCUUCAGUGCUCUAGACACCCUCUCCUAAGUAACUUCACAGCAGACUCAGCCAUGUACGCCUUCGCAAAGCUGCUCUCUGCUCUUUCGCUCCUCGCUGUAGCCAAUGCCUUCUACGUUCCAAAGGCUAGGGCCAAUACCCCACCCGCCAACCGUCCCACCGGCGGAUCCAUCUGCUCUACCACCGCAUUCUUGGUCGAGACCGUCAUACCCGCCGACAUCAACGACAACGGUGGCGAGCCUUUCCCGCCCUCGCCAAUCACGACCUACCCGACCUACACUGCGCUGUCCGUCGGCACUCAGAACUACACCUGCGGAGAUGACGGCGCCUGGACUGGUAGCGGCGCGAUCACCUACCUCUACGACAUCUCCUGCUUGCCGCUGGAUCACCACCAGCCGUUCACGUCGUUCAUCGCCGCACUCUGGGAUGCUGCCCCGCCCACUGUGACCGCCGCUGAUAUCGUCGCCCUGACCGAGCAGGUCAACCCGGGCGUCGGGUAUGGUAUCCACUACUGGAUCCCUGAUCCGGUCAAUGCGACGAGCGGUAAUAUCUACGCCAAGUGGGACUUCAGCCAGUCCGAGCGGAUGGAGAAUGACACCAACAAGGCGAAUGCGUACUUGGUCGCCGGCGAGUCGGCCAACGUCCCCGCUCCGAACGACCCUUCGGUCAACUCGAACUGGCUUGUUGAGCCUGUGCUUGUGAUCAACGGGAAGAAGGCUGGACAGCUGGCGGACCAGGUGUUCAGGAUCAACUCUAACGGUGGUCAGGCCCCGAACACCACGUGCACUCCGGGAACCGAUCUUCAGGUCAAGUCCACGUUGGACUUCUUGUUCUACGGUGGUGCUUGGGCGGAUACCAUCUUCUAA